AUGGCGACUUCAUCGUCUUCGUCUGAUUCCCCUGCACUAGUUUCUUCUACUCUUCAUUCCUCUUCUGCUUCGUCGAUCAUUGGUGCUCAUCAUUUGGUCAAUGUCGUUCCUGUUAAGCUUCGCACAGAUAAUUACCUUCUUUGGAAGAAUGUUUGUCUUCCGAUUUUGGAAUCAUAUGAUUUUCUAGGUUUAAUUGAUGGCUCUGAUCGUGCGCCAGACCGUGUUCUUCUUGGACCACCUGGUUUUUCUUCUCCUCAACUCAAUCCUGCGUUCAGUGCUUGGUCUCGCAGAGAUAAACAUUGUUUGAUUUGUCUUCAAGGUUCGCUUUCUGAAGAAAUUUUACCUUAUGUUGUCGGUGCUGCAACAUCGCGAACUUUGUGGCUUAAUUUGGAGCGGCGAUUUUCGUCUCUUUCUGAAUCUCAUAUUAUUGAGUUGCAAUCGAAGCUGCAAUCUCUCUCUAAAGGUGAUCAUUCCAUGUCUCAAUAUCUGAAAUCCAUCAAGCAUAUUGCUGAUAGUCUUGCCGCUGCUGGAACUCCACUUAGCUCUGCUGCCUUGGUUGUUCAUACACUUAAUGGUUUACCCGCUGAAUAUCACACCUUUGCUACAUCAAUUUGCACCAGAUCUACUCCAAUUGUGAUUGAUGAGCUUCAUAGCUUACUUUUAGUGAAGAACUUGCUCUCCUUCGCCAAAAUUCUGUGA